GCCAACUCGCAAUUCUCCCCGAUUACUUCUCUAGACCCGACCGACCAAUCUUCCUCACACACUCUCAACAUCAUCAUCGACGAAAGACGGCUGCUGGGAAGCGUUUCUGCUCUCUUGCACUUUGGUGUUUCACUUGUUGCUCUUCUGCUACAUUGCUGCUUCAUCCCCUUCGAUAGACGACCGCCGCCGGGCCACCGAACAGAACACGCGACGACCACCACGAGACCCCGCCAGAACCAUUACCAAUCAGCACAACAACAACCAACACGACAACCGAAUCAACAAUGGCCUCCAACUGCCCAAUCCCCACUACUCGCCUCCGACAAAUCUGCUCCGACGCCUGCUCCUCCACCAUCAGCACCACGACGUCAUACGAGCACUCUCAAACCCAAGCAUGGAACAACGCCAUCAUCGGUAGCAUCCUCCAGCAACUCAUUUCCGAGUCCCAGAAGCCCGAGGAUAAGGGCCAACCACCAAAGUACAAAUUCAUUGUGAAUACCACCAUCAUUCAGCACCUCUCUGAUCCUCGAGGCGGAGGAAGCGCCGAGGAAGGCGCUGUAGCCGUCGCAGGCGAGGGCACGAAGAAGGUGGGACGAAGGGGCAUGCACUCCGCCAGCGGCGCGUUCUGGAACAACGAGAAGGACGGCAUGUGGUCAUACAAGUACGAAGGGGGCGAGGGUAAGGGGAUGGACAUUGUGGUCAGCGUGAUGUGGGUGGCGGUGUAGGAUGCUGAGGCGACGGUGACGGGCUAGCAGCUGCUGGGUUGCAUGCUGGUCUUUGUCGCGCUGGUGGCAUGGGAUUGGUUACGAUGGAUCUGAUGGAACGCGCUGACUACUGUACGAUGAACGUGGGCACGCCGUAUAUUUGGUCAUGUUUUUGCACAUUGGAGCAAGCAAGGCGUUUGGCGGAGUUGGUUCAAUGCUCUGUUCGCAGCAUGCAUGAGAUGCGCCCGAUCUGCUUGUACUCUGAGGAGGAGCGGGAUACUGCUGGCCAUCUCGUUUCGUGUGUCUACGUAUGUUGUAUACCCAGAAAACGAAUCAAAUGACAUUGACUCUCCCAA